AAAUUCAAAUGCUACUACUACUAGUUACCUAACCUUAGUAGUAUGCAAUAUCAAUGUACAUAGAUCAAAUUCAAGGUUUCGGUUAAGAACGGGUCAUGUAUGUGACUUCGAUUCGAACAUGUCGAAGCUGCGUCAUUGCAUUGCCUCUGAAACGGUAGCAUCAUACUAGGUAGCAUGACCUUAACUACUUUGUAUUGUACCCAGUAACCCAUUACGGUAGUACGAGCCUCCUUUAAUCGAUAAGACAAGCCCACCUGCCAUAACCUGGAACUCAACACCGACGACAUCGCUCUCCCUUGUACACCGACGACAGACAGGCACAUGAUUCUCACCAAGUGCUAGCCGCCUUAGACUAGGCAUCACUCCUAGCAAAGAGACUUGUCCAAUACAAAAAGGAAACAAAAAACAAUCCCUGGGUUUCUUGGGCCAGACAAUGCGCGCUUCGGAUCCCAAACCAGAAGAAGAUUCCAGCAGGAUACGGCGAACAUGGGGAACAACCCGAGCAGAGUGACCGCACAAGACAAAGCGAUCCUCGACCUCAAGCUGCAGCGCGACAAGCUGCACCAGUAUCAGCGACGGAUCACGGUGCUCACGGACAAGGAGACGGCCAUCGCGCGGCAGAUGCUGGCGGCGGGCGACAAGAAGCGCGCCCUGCUCUCCCUGCGGCGGAAGAAGUACCAGGAAUCCCUGCUUGAGAAGACGGACCUGCAGCUGGCCCAGCUCGAGCAGCUGACCCGCAACGUCGAGUUCGCCCUCAUCCAGAAGGACAUCGUCUUCGGCCUCCAGCAGGGCACCCGCGUCCUCAAGGAGAUCCACGCCGAGAUGGGCGGCAUCGAGCACGUCGAGAAGCUUAUGGGCGAGAGCGCUGAUGCCAUUGCUUACCAAAGAGAAAUCAGCGAAAUGCUCGGCGGCCGCAUAUCCAACCAAGACGAGGACGAAGUCGAAGACGAACUAGCAGCCCUCGAGCUCGAGGUCAACGGCCCGGCGAUCCUACCCAACGUACCAGACACCAAACUAGCCAAGCAUGUACUCAAAGAAUCACCACAACCACCAUCAGCCAUACACCAAGACCCGGACCCGGAGCCGGAAAGAACGGCCAUGCUUGCCUAGUGAUGAUCACACAUUUACUAGUCAUCUAGCACACCUACACCCACUUACCUACCUAUCUACCAACAUAGACGCAUAACAGGAGCAGAAACUGAAGCAAGAGCAGGAGCAAGCAAAGGAGAAAAGGUAGGGGAGGGGAACAAAGAUACACGGAGGAAAUAGACCACCACCAUAGGAUACGCUGGAUUCCAUCUGGAAGCAAACAACGAAUCAUAACCCAACUUGCCUACCUACCUACCAACUACAAAACAUCGACGCAUGGAUGUUGGAAAUCUCUGGCAUAGUGGGCAUCAGGGGAUAAAUCUUUGCGCCCUCUUUUGAAUAUCCAACCCCCUUUAGGAAGAGAUUUUGUACGUUGAAGACAAGUUAGUUAGGUAUAUGAGGUAUCGUGACGAGGAACCAAAUAGACAUGGGAUUUACUAGUUCUCUAUGGUAGAUUAUCAAACUGCUUAUGAAGUACCGAGUAGUCAAUUACUUACUUGAUGAUGCCCUCAUUAUAUUAGUUAAAUGCCCGUUCAAAAAGCUCUUAAUGAAUAUUGGAC